CAGUGUCUGCAUCAUGUGACAGUAUGGUUGGGAGCACAUCACUUCCACUACCCCAUUUCAACACUGUGCUUCCAGCUUGCUCAUGUUCUCAAUAUUUACCUUUUUUUUCCAUUUUGCUUUGGUGUUGCAUUCAAAUAUCAUUAUUCAGUUAUUUGCCAUCAUGGAAUUAAAACAGUGCAUCACUCCAGUGUAUUGUCCUCUGUGAGUGAGAGUACUGUUAAUAUAUUAAGCAUGUAAUGUGCUCACAAGAAGAUAUACAAUGGCUUGGAAUGCAUCCUGUCUUAUAGAUGACUUCUGGUAGGAGAGAAGAUUUUAGAUGGGCAGGUCCCAAACAAGGUUUUGAAUUACUACAGUGGGAUAUUAAUCUUAUGCUGGCUAUAAACAGUGUAGUGUUGUUCAUUAUUCACUUGUUCUUGUGGUAACUUGUCUUCAAAGGAUAGAGACCUAGCACAAAUUGUAUUGAAAAAAAAAUCAUUUUUUUGUUUUGAUAUUUCCUGAAAAGCAUUAAAUAUGCAACAAAUUCAUUUAACAUAACUUUAUUCCUUUGGUAGACAUAAAUCCUGAACUGUACCCAAGUUUUUAUGACACUUCCGUAAGAAAAACAGUCAAAGCAUGUUAAAUCAAAGCACGUUAAAUGAGUCUGUAUUUUUCUGUGACUUGGUUUCAAUAUGUUGUGUAACCUCCAUUUUCAACUGACUGACGUGGUAUCAGCAUGAUUAGAUUUAUCUGUGGUAAGUCAUGUAUUGCUCGGUAAUGAGUACAUUCAAACUCUGCAUGUCUGCAAAGCCCUAUUGUAGUUCCCCUCAACGCUUGCCCGUCCACAGCAAUCCAGAGACAUUCUGCAUUCUGCAUUAAAAUUCACAGAAAUAUGUCAUGUUUGAGUUUGUCCCCUGCAGAGGUUAACUUCUCGUCACUUUUGUUAACUUCUUUUCACUUAGAAAAUCUACAAAGCAUGCAAUUUGACUAGGGGUGCCCAAACAUUUGCAUAAUGCUAUACAUCCACCCGUCAAUAUAAUUCUUGUUAGGAAGCAACGGGUUCCUGUAGUAUUUUGUAGUUCCUGUAGUAUGUCGUACUGUGUAGCCUUACUUAAAUCAUUGAUGGGUAAUUUGUGGAAAGGACCCAACCUUAGCUGUGCUUAUGUUUUCUGACCUCAAAUGUCUUGUUAAGUUGGUGGUUUUUUUAAAGGUCAACAUUCCCCCACUCAUUCAGAUUGUUUCUUCAAAACACCCCCUCAAAAAUAACAGAAAUACAAUACAGUAAUUACAUUGAAUUUCAAUGCAGUUUUAUAAGUAUGAAAAUGAAUAUUAAGCAGUGCUGUCAACUCAAAGACUGAAACUUCUCCACCUCCACCCCUGAGCAGUUUCUUCACACCCCCAUGGACCGAAAUCUUCAACCAGAAAUAUUUCUGGCACGCAAGCUGUUAUCUGAUACAUAGCAUUUUCUUUAAACUGUCCAUGUUAUUUAAAGUUAUAAAAUCAAUGUGAUGCCAGGCUUGAUUUGGAGAAAUGCUGCGCAUGAAUGUAGAUUUCUUUCUUUAAUUCAGCAAUAGUGCCAUUAAUAAUAAUUAACAUAAGAAUUGUUUGCAUUAAAAUAAUUGUUUGCUGUCCUCAUUCAUAUUUUAGGCUCCUUACUGUGAAUAACUAAUACAACUUAACACAAGAGCAAUAACAACAAAAACAAUUGCAACAAAAUGGGAAAAAGAUGAACCUCAAAAUCAAGAUGUCUUUGAAGACUUCUGUCAGUUCAGAUCACAGACAGAUGGUGACAUCGAAAAGCUUGCGCAAGGAAGUGGUUAUAACCAUUUGCUCAGUUUUAGCCAUUGCACACAGACACAUAAGCAAAAGACAAGUGACAACUUUGGUGGAAGCAUAGGCAGGUCAGUUGCUUUGGUCAAUGAGUUACCUACUUCCUGGCCUCCUGAUAUUUGUAAACAGAUGAAAGCAGACAGUGAAGAAGGAGCACUUUUCACAGAUAUCUGAUUGAGCGCCACGGGAGCAUGACUCAAAGCGUCAAGAUGAGCAAGUGCAAUCUCACAGACAUGGACAACAUGAUGGAUUCUCUGCGGCUGGUCAUCUACAUCCCCAUCUUUGUGUUUGGGCUCAUCCUGAACACCACUGCCCUGUUGGUCUUCUGCUUCCAGCUCAAGAAGUGGACCGAGUCCACCAUUUACAUGACCAACCUGGCGCUGAUGGACCAGCUGCUCCUCUUCUCCCUGCCAUUUCGGAUGUACAAUUCCAAAUGGGCUGCCAACAAGAGGGUCUUCUGCUCCUUUCUGGAGAGCCUGUACUUUGUGAGCAUCUACGGCAGCAUCUACACCAUCACGUGCAUCAGCGUUGACCGCUACAUAGGCGUCAGUCACCCAUUCAAGGCCAAGCAACUGCGCUCCCCGCGGAAGGCCCUGCUCGUGUGCGCCACUAUCUGGGUGCUGGUGUUCGGCGCCACCGUGCCCGUCUACGACUUCCACCCCGGCGACGAAGGCAGGUUCCGCUGCUUCCACGGCUUCUCGGACAAGGGCUGGCACCCGGCGCUCAUUGGCUGCCUGGAGGUUUUCGGCUUCCUGCUGCCGGCGGCGGUGCUGGUGGCCUGCUCCGCCCGGGUCGUCCGUGUGCUCCGGCGCUCGAGAGAGCGCAGCCCGAAAAACCAGGCCUGCAUCCGGAUCAUCUACAGCGGCCUAGUCGCCUUCCUGGUGCCCUUCACCCCCAGCCACCUAGCCAUCCUGCUGCAGUUCUUUGUGCGGCGAGGUACCAUCACUGACUGCACACUACAGGCCAACAUCACCGUGUUCGUCCAGCUGGCCAUGACCCUGGCCAACGUCACCUGCUGUCUGGACGCCCUCUGCUACUAUUUUGUCGCCAAGGAAGUCCGCACCUCGAGUAUCAGGAGGUCCUUCCGCCAGUGGAGAAGUACAAUUAACUCUGGCAGUCUGGCAGGAAUGGAUCCUCAGAAUUGGACUGAGCUGAGUGCCACACAAAGGAUUGGGGGGCCAGAGGGCAGGGGGCAGGAAAGCUUAGUGUGUGCGUCACCAAAGACAAACACCCCAACCACAGCCAAUGGAAGAGCUGAAUUAGUUCGGCCUAAUUCGACAAACAGUCCGAGUGUCUCUGGUUAGAAGUUGUACCCUGUGAUGUGACAAAUGUGGGUGUUCCCUCCUACAAAACAUACUGAAGGUAUCUGUGCUGUGGCUUUCACAGCAGCAACUUCCUUUUAGCAGUUGGUUGGGGGUUGCACUUUAGAAGGGGAGGAUUUAGCGUGACUCAGUGUGGACAUCCAUCAGUUAAGAACAGUGAUGUCAUAUACUGGAAACAGGAAUGUUGAUGUUCUGGCUAAACCAAUUGCCACUGGUAUCACAGCUAGUUUACAAUGCAAGAAAUCAGGACAAGAAUCUUAAGGUUUACGGUUUAAGAAUCUCAAUCAAAGGUUUAAAUUGUAAACAAAUCUUCUCUUUGCAAAGAAAAAUCAUAUUGCACUGCAAUAUACAAUGCCCAUUUGCAAGUGUAAGCCCAUCGAAUCAUUACUAAAGUGCCUAUCACUUCAAAAGGCUCACCAACAGGCACCCACACCCAGUUCACCCAGCUGAGCUGCCACAGCUACUGCUUCAGCCCUCUGAGUACUGAAUAGCCCUAACAGAUUACAUAGCCAGGCUCAAAUCUGUGCCAAAUGCAGCCCAGCUGUGACAGGGAGUCCACUGCAGGAGGACAUAACCGACUUACACCCAUGACGGGUAGGGUGGUUUCAAAUUGGCGGGGCUUCCUUAGGUACCAACUGCCUUAGGUCCUCCCAGUGAUGAGGCAAGGCCCUCACAGGCAAGCAGCUGUCAUGAGUAAGAAAAAACAUAGUUAGUGCUAUUAUGCCUGCCAUACUGUAUAGAUUUUAGUGCUGAAACAGUAACCGCUUUGCAUGCAAGCUCAUGCGACUCAGCUCCAGUGAUCCUUGUGUAAAUGUGGAGACGCAAUUCUAAACGGAGGAGACAGAAAGUGAGAGUCAUGAGACUGCUGGGUAGAUUACUUUAUUAAUAUUUUUUAUCGCCUUCAAUGCCCUCACACAAAUCUGAGCAUAAACUCUGAUCUUUUAUCCCUUGCCAUAGGCACACACUCUUUUCACUUGAGUACAGUUAGUGAUACAUAGAUCUUCAGUAACAACCACAGAUGUUUGCAGAUGAACACACCCAGUCUGGUUUUCAAACAGAAAGACGACAUGAUGUGUGGCUGCUCAGAACUACACACAGAGCCACACGCACCACAGGCUCACUUGCUCACAGGAAGUCAGAAACAAAAUGGGUGUACUGUAUACUGGCGGUGCUAAACUAAACAGACCUUUCCUCACUUAAAAAAGGAGUGAAAUAUUCCAAUGGUGAAAACUGGAAUGGUGAACUCUUUCAAUGCAACCUUUAUGUAGUUUAAUUUGAAGAUUCAUUUAAUCAGUGGGUAGGUGGGUGGUAGGUGGCCCGUUACACCAAAAAUUACAAUCACUUUCUGGAGCACAGAGACCCAUUUUACUUGACUGUGCUACUGUCCAACAGGGGGCACCAAUGAUAUAAGAAUCAGUCGCAUAAUUAUCUAUAGAUCCUAAUGGCCAGGCUUCAACUUUCAGGCAGCAUGCAAACAAUAACCAUGGUGAUCAUGAGUCAUCUAUUUUUACUGUUUAAAGUUGAUUCUGCAAGCUCACUGACCAAUACCUAAAUAUAUCUUAAUACGCAAAGACUGUGAUUGUUCAACAAGGAAGAACACAGAAGUCUACGAAAAGAUGUUCACCUUGUUUUGAUGGUGUUACCCAGAGCCAUAGAAAGAGAGAGUCGCGUCAACUCCGUUCACUCCAACGGGCCAAUUAUUUUACAGCAAUGGCAGAUCGUGGAGAGUCUGAAUAGUUCCAAACAUUGGGAGCUAGUAGCAGCAGCGCCGUAGAGUAGCAGUGUUUUUGACUCUGUGAUACACUUUUAAAAGGUAAGAAGAUAAAAUCAACAGCAUUUUUGAUACUUUCUUAUUUGCACAUUUGAAUCGAAUUAACAAUGAGUUAAAGCAUGUUAGCUCAUUAUUUUCCACCAAAGUAGUAGAUUUAGCUAACGUUAACAGAACAUUAUGGUAAGAAUUGUUAUGGUAAUUGUUUGUUAUGGCCCUUCUAUGUAUUUAGGUUGUUAUCUGACCCUUUUUUGUCUGCCAAAUAAAUGUCAUAAUUUUUCACACA